AUGUUGAGUGGUAGUAGAGGAAUAGCGUCUUUUACCAUCGAUACGUCAUUGGCGCCUUCGGACGUCGAUCCGCACACCUCGCUAGCUUCGACGCAGAGAGUGGCUAGGAACACACGGGAAACCAGAAAUCCGGCAAAGAGCAGAUGGAAGAGCUGGGAAUUUCGAGCGUACUUGUUGGUAUUUCUGAUCGUGGUGCCUUACAUGGUCUGGGUACCUGUUCAGCUCAGUCAGGAAACGAAUCCAAACUAUCCGCGCUUCUCCUCUCACCUCAAGAGGGGCUGGAUCGCUGGCAGGAUGAGAGACGACUCGGAUUUCCAAUACCGCUCCUUUAGAGACUACUUUCCCUUGCUGCUAGGUCUCGCUUUGGGCCACACGGGCCUCUCCAAAUCGGUCGCGAUGCUAUUCGACAGGCCUACGGAGUUGACGCGCUCCGCAAGUCCAAACACACACCCUUCCCGACGCAUCUUUUUGGGCCUCUUUACGGGCCUCUUCAUCCUGGCGCUGCACGGGAGCAACGCUGUCAAGCUGCUCCUUCUGCUCGCGUUCAAUUUUGUGCUUGCACGAACAUGCGCGGGCAAAGUGUACGCUCCGAUCUUGAUCUGGACUAUCAAUAUAGGGGCGCUCUUCUUGGUUCAUUGGAACGAAGGUUUCGCCUGGUCCGUUUGGACGCCAGCUUUGGGCUUUUUGGACAAUUACACCGGUCUAUUACCUCGCUGGCAAAUCAACUUUAACAUUUCCAUGCUCAGAUUGGUCUCUUUUGCAAUGGAUCUGCACUGGGCCAGAUUGCGACCCGUGAGGCUUUACGAGCCUUCUCCGCCCGCUUCUAAGCGCUCAUCGACACCUUUGAAGAGGGAUCAGUACAGCUGGUCAGCCUACCUGCUCUACAUUCUCUAUCCUCCGCUCUUCGUUGCAGGUCCCAUCAUGACCUUCAACGACUUUACGCGACAAGUCGCGCAGAGAGAUUGCCAGCCUCAUUUGACUCUCAGGGACAGAGCGGCUUAUGCAGUCAGGUUUGUCGCCUGCUUGUUCACGAUGGAACUCAUACUGCAUUUUGUGUAUGUGAAUGCGAUCAAGGAUUCGAAGGCUUGGAACGGAGCUACACCGAUGCAAUUAUCCAUGAUCGGAUUUUGGAACCUGAUCAUCGUCUGGCUCAAGCUGCUCAUCCCUUGGCGCUUCUUCAGGAUGUGGGCGCUGCUGGAUGGUGUGGAAGCGCCGGAGAAUAUGGUUAGGUGCAUGGCCAACAAUUAUUCGACGCUGGGCUUUUGGAGGAGUUGGCAUAGGAGUUACAAUUUGUGGAUAGUCCGGUACAUUUAUGUACCCCUUGGAGGCUCAUCCAACGUCGUGCUCGCCACGCUCCUCGUCUUCACCUUUGUGGCACUUUGGCACGAUCUCAGUUUGAAAUUGCUCACAUGGGGAUGGUUGGUCACGCUCUUCAUCAUUCCAGAAUUGGCCGCUUCCAAAGUGUUGCCUGCCAAAAAGUUUGGCGAAAGAUCAUGGUACAGGCAUGUAUGCGCCGUUGGCGGAGUACUCAAUAUCCUCCUCAUGAUGAGCGCCAACCUGGUAGGCUUUGCCAUAGGUCUGGACGGAGUUCAAUACCUGCUCAAUCAGCUCGUCGGCAGCUGGAACGGACUCAAAUUCAUGCUGGGCGCAUGCACCGCCCUCUUUUGCGCCGUGCACGUCAUGUUCGAGUACAGGGAGGAAGAGCUCAGGCAUGGUAUUUCGAGAAAAUGUUAG